AUGGGCCGCUUCCGAAGAUAUGCAAAGGCUUUGAGAACUAAGCUCUCCAAAAAGUUCAAUGACACGCAGUCUGCCUUGAGUGCCUUGAGUACACAGAGUACAGAAGCUGUGGAAGAAGCUGUAAGCUCAAGUAGUUCUGGCGAUAGUAAUGUAAACUACUUGGGGUACUCCAGGCAUCCGGAUUCAUCAGAGGAAGAGACUACAAGCACAGAAGAGGACUUCGAGUCUGCUCCCUCACUUCCGGGAUCACCCGCACAGUUCCUUUCAUACCUUGACCAGAAUCCUGAGACUCCAACGCGCGCUCUAUUACAGCCGUACCUAGCUUACGAAAAGUGGCUACGCUACGAGUUCGUCCGUCCAAACGCAGAGAUCGAUUGUCUCUCGAAUAUUGUUCCGGUUUACGAUGGGCAAGAGAGCUUGUUUAGGAUUCGCGUGAUAGAUUACGAGUUAGCCGAUAAAAACCGGUACCUGAUGCCGUUAGAAAGCUCCGAGCGAGAGAAGGAUAAAAGCCUCGCGAUCGCCGGGUCUUUAGAGGAAUACCAGGAUAAUUUUGACGGUUUCACUCGAGGCAUGUUGGCUGGGCUAGAUUGGUCCAACCUUGUGGUGGCUGGGUCCUCCGCGCUCCUCCCCCUAUUAUCCCGUCGCGUAGACGUGGACCUACAAGAUAACUCGGCAGUAGAAAAGCCGGCCGAAACUUACUAUCAACAUACUGCGAGCACGAGCGAUAUCGACAUAUUCUUGUACGGAAUCGACAAUGAAGAUACAGCUAUCAGACGUAUCAUUGAGGUAGAAAACUUGGUGCGGAAGAACCAGCAUAUGUUACCCGAUAAAGGCCUAACGUUGCGGUCGGAGAACGCCAUCACGUUCAUCGCGCCUAGGUGGCCAUUCCGUCACGUUCAGAUCAUCCUUAGACUUUAUAAGUCGAUCAGUGAAAUACUGACAGGCUUCGAUGUGGAUUGUUCCUGUGUUGCAUUUGAUGGAAAACAGGUGUAUUCUAAUCCACGGGGAGUUGCAGCGAUUGCGACGCGCACCAACACCAUCGACCUAAGUCGCCGGAGCCCGUCUUAUGAGAAUCGCUUGUGGAAAUAUCGUCAUCACAACUUCGAAGUAUAUUGGGACGCACUCGAGCGAUCACGAGUUAGGAGUAUAAAUACUGAGCCUGAUAAUGACGAGCACCGAAAUCUCACCGGACUUGCUAGGUUGAUAUUUUCUGAAGGGAUACUCAACAAUAUUCGCAACGAAUGGAGAUUAAACUCAAAUCUGAAGAAGCUCGACGGUGGCAGAGACCCGAGCCUGGUGAUAGAAACAACGAGCGGUUACGCUAACCAUGUAAUUCCAUACGGCGUGCGACUUACCGCCAAAAACGUCCGUUCGACUGUUAUUAGCUCCGCAAGAGCGCCAUACAUGUUCGGCACGAUCCGAGAAGUUACUGAUCCGACGAACCCAAACUGCAAAUGGAAAUCGAAGCGUAAGCGCAGGGGGAAGUUGCCUAAGAAGGUCACUUUCAUCAAGCUUAAUCCCGGUCGGCAAAUGAUUGGAAGCUUUUAUCCCCUGACUGCGGAUGACUGGUAA